AGUUACAGUGUUCCUCAAUCCCUCGCCAAAAGCAGUGUCGAACGAUAGAACCAACUUUCGCACAAAAUGUUUGUCAAACUCAUUUUCGUCGCUUUCGCUCUGCUGAUACUAAAACCAGCGCAAUCCGCCGAGAUACUGUCAAGGCUUGAAGUGGACGAUUCAGAAACAAGCGUUGCUGAACCAAGCAUCGAAGCCGAUUCGAAUUCAGAGGACGAGGAGUUGACUACGAUCACGAUUUUGAUACCUACCGUCGUUACGGAUGGCGAAACAGCCAGUGGGAUAAUCGAUGAUAAUCCUUCCGAGAGUAAGGAGGAGUUGCCGUUUACGAGCAAGAGCCAGAUGAGCAACGAAAACAGCGACGAUUUCGACCUGUUGCCGAUGUCCCCGAUGAACGACUUGCGGCUCAAUCUGGCCCGCACGAACGAUUCGGAGACACCCGGUGCUGGAAAUCUGCAGUUCAGCAUCUUCACGAGCAACGGAAACGGCUUGCAGAUAUUCGACAGUAUCGACAGGCAGCGCCGAGGAAACAAUCACCCGGACUCACAUCUGAUCGAUCCGCACGAGCCGCCGCAGAUGCAGCUUGUCGACAACACCCUACGGUUGGUGGCGAUAAAGUCAUCAGUCGACGACCUGGCAAUGAGGUUCUUCCCGAAUCUACACGUAGUUAGACGCUCGCCCCAGGAUCAUCAGUAAAAUCAGAACCAAUGAACGUUAAAAAAAGUCCACUCGGAUGUCAAAAUAAAAAAUCCGCGAAUCUCGCAUCGUGUACAAUAGUAAUAAAAAAAAGAAGGAAUGUAUGUCUCUCACAAUAAUCGAUAAAUACAAAUCAUAAUGUAAAAUAUA